AUUCUUGUUUGGACAGGAACUCCGGUAAAGAUUUUUGGAUGUUCCUUGAGUGUAUUUGAUAUUUCUUUCUUUGGGAGGAAAUGUUAUCAAACUUGAUAUCUUUCAAAGUUUCAGUUUGUUUUGAUGAUGUUGGUGAUAUAAGUUCAUUUGUGUCAUCUUUAUCUUCUAAAUUAUUAUUUCAUUAUAAAUUCAUGACAAGCAAAUUACAAGACUAUGGACAUCAUAACACUUGGUUUGAUCUUCUUCACUUCCAUGCUGGUCUACGCUUACUAUCGCUUCGCUAAGAAAUCCCUGAACGUGCCCCCAUGUCCAGUCAGACCAUGGCCCAUAGUAGGUCAUCUGUUGACAUUGAAGGCAGACCAGAGACCACAGUUCAAACAGUGGCGGGAGCAGUGUGGAGACAUUUUUAGUAUUUACCUGGGAUCUAAACUUCUGGUGGUCAUCAAUGACUUUGACCUCAUUAGAGACACAUUCGUCAAAAGGGCAGACGACUUUUCUGACAGGCCAAUCAUGUUCAUAGAUGAGAACAUGGGCGAUCUUGGCAGAGGGAUUGUUUUUACUUCAGGCCAACUCUGGAAAGAACAAAGAAGCGUGGCGUUAUCUACACUUCGCAAAUUUGGAUUUGGAAAAAAUAUUUUGGCUGAGAGAAUUCAAGAGGAAGUAUCGCACUAUCUGGACCAAUUAAAAGACUCUGGUGGCAAGCCGGUAGACAUUAAAAGAAUAACCAUAGAAAGUACGGCUAAUAUAAUCUGCUCCAUUCUGACUGGGAAAAGGUUUGACUACAAUGAUACAACGUUUCAAAGACUGCUAUUGGAAAUCGAAGUUUUCUUUUCUUCUAACCAGCAAGCGGCUGUUGUAACAUUUUUCCCAUUUCUGAAAUAUUUACCAGGACACCAAAAAUUAGUUCAAAACGUGAAAUCAAUUAUAAAUAUUAUGAAAGAUUUCAUUGUCAAAAGUAAAGACAAAGAUCCUGAAGAUAAUUUUAUAGCUUCCUAUGUCGCUGAAAGAGAUUCCAGAAUUGCAAGUGGAGAGACUACGACAAUGGAUGAGAUGAAUUUAUUGCGAUCAGUUUUUGAUCUGAUUAAUGCAGGAACUGAAACAACGACUACUACAAUUUGUUGGUUUGUGCUUUAUAUGUUAAACUAUCCGCAAGUUCAGAAAAAGAUAUAUGAUGAAAUCAACACCCAAAUUGGAAGUGGUCACGUCCCAGGCAUUCAGGACAGACCUAAGUUGGUUUAUCUCAACGCUGCUAUUAAAGAAACACAAAGAUUGGCAAGUAUUCUCCCCCAGUCUGUCGUAAGAAUCUGUUCAAAAACUUUAAACAUUAGAAACUAUACGAUUCCUGAAGGUUCUUUCAUUGCUCCAAAUUUAGAUUCAGUCUUACUGGACAAAAACAUCUGGGGAUCAGACGCUGACGUCUUUAACCCAGACAGAUUCAUUGACGCAAAAGGACAGCUAAAGAAACCCGAAGAGUUUAUUCCCUUUGGAGUUGGACGUCGUGUUUGUCUUGGAGAAUCAAUGGCUAAAACUGAGCUGUUUCUGUAUCUAAGUUCUUUGAUUCAAAGAUUUCACCUGCUUCCAGUUCAUCCAGAUCAACCUCCACCAAUGGAUUAUAUUCAUGGAAUCACAAUGAUUCCCAAACCUUACCAAUUAAAACUCAUUGAAAGAAAUCAUACUUAGUCUUGCAUUACAAAAAAAAAUAGUUGUAAAUUUAAACAAAAAUUAACAUGCACUACUAUGCUUAUGAAAAUUAAUGAUAAACAGUUGUAAUUAUAUUUUGUGAUCACCAUAUCGAUUAUAAAGUAAGGGUUAGGGUUAGUAUUGAAUAUUUCACCAUUUCAAUGUGAUAUGUAAGAAGCGUGGUCGAGUGGCUAAGUACGCAUGAACUUGGCUUGUCUUGGCUACCUAUGAAGGAGGCUCGGGCAGAGUUUUGUGUACUGAGCACUUAAAGGCAGCACGGAUUACAUUCUCUCAGAUACACUCUUCCUUCCACUGGUCCACAAAUGAGAUUGGACCAUAGCGCUCUGACAUACUAUAAGCACGAAUGUAGCGCUAUAUAAAAGCUAUAAUUUUAUUUAUUUAUUUAAUAUACAUGAUAUCCCAAUAUUUAGACUAACACCUAGUUUAAUGUACAUCCAUCUGUAGCAGACGAAUUGACAUUGAAUGUAUUGAAUUGAUACUGUUGGUAAUUUUUUUUUAACUAAAAUUCUUUUUUAACUAAAAUUCAGUACAUGCAGUACUUCAAAGGAAAUAAUAUGUAUAUAGUGUUUACUAUGUUUGAACAUUUAGGCAUCAACAUGAAAAAUAGUGAUCUUUUUGUACGCAAAUUUCAAAGAGUUUAAACAGUUGUUUCCAAACUUUUUUGUCUCGUAGACACCUUGCCAUGUUUUUUUGGUUUUCGGUAGACCCCCUGCUUAAAUAUAUUGCAUUUUUGCACAUUCAUAAACUAAUUUUUUAAACUGAUUUCUAACUGCAAUGAGUGGUUGAUUGAAAAAGUAUUGUAAAGCUACAUCAUAAGUUAGAGAGAUCAAUCUUUUUUUACAGAUAGAUAUAAUUCAAAUAUAAACCAAUUAAAAUAACAAUUAAUAUGUAUUGCUGGAAUCACCAUGCACAUUGGAAACUUUUUUUUUUGCAUGUUUAUCAUCCGUUUCUACGGAUAUUGUUUCAUAUGAGAAUUUGUUGUUAUAUGAAAUAUUCCUUCCAAAUAUUAAAUAUUAAUUAAUUAAUUUGCUUUAUGUAUUAUUGUAAAAAUGUUCGCAAAGAGCAGUUUCUCGUGUAUUUCUUGAUAUUUCAUGUUUGGCUCAAAUAUUGGGCCUCGGAGCUUUUUUAACUAACAGGAGAAGGGGCAAAGGUGAGUUACUUGCGGCUUAACCAGUUAGCUUUGGGCAGGAGGAACUCAUUAGCCUUGGCUUGCAGCCUACCUAGCCGAAGGAAAAUAGAAUUCAAGCCUCUGCUGCUUUGCAGCUAUACACCCAAACAUGGGAAAGGUUUCGAGGGUCAGCCCUGGUGAAAAAUAUGGAGCUGAAGACCAUUAGACAGUUUGCAGCUUUAAUUCUCAUCCCACCGAUGUGCCCUUGAACUGUAGUGUUACUAAAAGAAAUUCGUUUCAUAAUAUCAGAUGAAGGUUUGUGUAAAACAGUUUUUAAAACUACUUCAUGGGCUGGUAAAAUCAAUGUUUUAUCUAUAGUGUUUUCCGUAUUUGGCUAUAGGUAAAGAGAUCUUGUAAGACGCUCACAAACCACCAUCUUUUCGAUAUGAUGUUGAAGAAAGAUUUUGUGAGUCUAUUUUGAAAUGUUUUUGUCAACUUUAUCUUUUUAUCAGGGUGGCAUUAUCUCAAAAAAUGUUCCAGUUUAAUUGGUUUUAUAUGGUCAUAAAAAGGCUCUUAUUAUAGACAUCCGCUUAUUAAACAAGGGAAUAAAUAAUCAACGCUUUAAUUAAAAUCAAUAUUUCUUUUUGUUAAACAUUAGUUACAUGUAGACAAAAUUAACUUUUUAGAUUGAAAUUAAAUACAACAAUUUUACUUUUGAGGGAGAUGAUCCUAUUAAUAUCUGAGAUACAAAUCAUUUAUAAGUGUUUGAAAUAGUUACAUUAAUGGGGUGUGAAAAAUAAAGUCAUAGAUACCCCAUGGACAUGUCAUAGAUACCCAAUUUACUUUUUCACUUUUGUAGACCCCUUGGAAGUCUUCGUAGACCCCUGGGGGUCUAUAUAGACCACUUUGGUGGGAAUCACUGGUUUAAAGCAUUGUCAUUGAUAUUGUGCCAUGCAUUCUAAUUUCUAUACUUUUGUUUGAAAUCUAAUAUACAAUCCUGAAACGUCGUCAAGCUAUUUAAACAGAUGUCUCAUGUUUAUGUGGUUUAUUUUAAUUAAAGUUAUUUGGGGAAACAAAAUUACCCACUGGCUACGCCCGUCGAUUUGAUCCAUGUGUAUUAUUUAUUUUGGCCGACCACCCCCCCCCCUCUUCCUUUUUUUUUAUUCCAAUAAAACGGCCCGAAUUUUAACGACCCGCCAACGUACUUGUGGACUCUCAUAUCUGUUAUUUAAAAUUGAAAGAAAGAUGUCUCUCUUUCUUUCUCUCCUUUUCUCUUUCUCUCAUUUUAAUUUUCCUCCCAUUCUAUUUCUAUCUCUCUGUCUGAACUUUCCUGUUUUGCAUUCUCUUUAAUUUCACUUCAAUUGGAACAGUCCGUUGUUUCUUUCUUUGUCUUUCACUCUUUCACUCACUACUCGUUAAUAUAUCUCUCUUACUUUUCUGUCUCUU